AUGCUCGAGAUGCUCGCAGUUCUCCAGCAAUUUCAAAAGCGCAAGUCGGGCAAAACCAGCGCAAGGUCUGCCGCCUUCCACGCAAAGAAGGACGCUCUCUUUGCCGAGGCGCGUAAGAACGCCGAAAACGCAGUCAAGGAAGGCGUCGCAUACAUCGAGCAAUAUCGAGCCAAGAUAGCUGAGCUGAGGGCACGCGAGGUCUCCCAGGACGCGCGCCUCAAAGAUAUGUCGCUCUUCAGCAGCCGGGAGGACGCGAUGAGAGCCGUCCUCGCCGCGUUCCCACCUUUAUUGGAUGAUCUCUCCCACCGACGGGCCGAGGCCAUAAACGAGACUAGCGAAAUGCGUGCGUCUGUCCUCUGGUCAUUCUGCUGCACAGAAAGGUAA